AUGAAGAGACAUUAAUUCUUCGAUCGAUUAAAUGACAGCACACGAUAUCUCAAUGCUUGUCAUCUCGCGCACUUUGGUCAGUAAUUUAUACCGAACCUUUGAUAAUUUAUUGACGACUCUCUCAUUGGCCAACAGACGCACAUCAGCCCGCGCAAAAAAGCUAAAAUAGGAAAUCAGCAGAUUUCUUAAAUGAAUGGUAAUUCUGUAUAGGAUGAUAAGGAGUAGAUCUAUUUUCAUCGGUAAAACAAAAUAUUAAAAAAAAACUACGUAUUAGAGAACAAACAUAUUUAUUUCCGGAUUUGUAAAUACAUUCAGCAAAAGAUCGACAUUACAAGAUGAAAGUGUGGAAUUCUAUGAAAUUGACACUUUAUUACGGAAUCUGCUUGACAUUCGUAAAUGGAAAAAUAUUCUCCCACAAACAAAGGUCACUUCCAUUAAGUCGUGUAUCCGUCGGUGUACCAUCCGAAAGUUAUGAUACUUUAAUUACUAAUCCGAGGCAAUCCGAUUUUGUCAGUCAUUCGGAUUUAUCAGAUAAAACGGUUCUGUCCGAUGUUGUAACUACAAAUAUUGGAAACAAAUUACUCGUCCGCAGAAAUGUUUUGAACACUAAUGCAAAUCAACGGAACGCCAACAAUAAAAAGGAUGAAAAUUGGCUUAAUGGCCUGCGUGAUAAUACAAUUAUAAAAAAUGGAAAACAAAUUGAAUUAAAAGGUGAAACAUCACUCAUUUCGGAUCAAGACAGUUCACCGGUGAAUCGCUUACGACGAAGUGAUAAUUCUAGAUUUUCUGUUGAAAACCUGUCAUCAGAUGAUAUUUUCGGGUUGUUGACCGCAGCAGUGCAUAUAAAUGACGAACUGUCAGAAAGGGUGCCAUAUAAGGUUGAUAAAAUUCAUCCCGGAUCUCUACAUAGCGCCUCAUCAAAUGAUGCCUCUUUUCGUCGGAACAGAAGGGGUUUUCGCUCGGCAGUUGCCGACAGGAUCGCCCACGGUUUCGGAAAGCGAACGUCAGCGUAUGGCUCGGACCACGACCGACUUCAAGAGUUACUUCGUCAGUCGCAGCUUGAUCAGGCUGGAGAAAUAUUAACGAUUCAGCCAGACGAUUUUGAUGAACUAGAGUCUUUACUAGAAUUGUAUGAUAAUCUGCAAGACAAACUCCAGACUUCAAAUAACAGGUAUGACGUAGUGUCUGAAGACAAAGAGUCCAUGGGUGACAUCUACCGGAAAGUGUUAAAAGAACUACAAGGUUUCAAUGACGAUGGCGCGAGACCGUUCCGAGAUGAUUCUUACGACAGUAGGAAAUAUCGACGAUAACAAUUCUUAUCGAUAUAUAUCGAUGAUAACAAUUCAUAUCGAUAUAUAUUGAUGAUAACAAUUCAUAUCGAUUAUGAUGACAUUAAUUGGUUUAGAGUGCUUUUUCUUCUAAAAAUGUGUAUAUUUAUCAUAUUUAUUCAAACACUUGUAAAAAAAUCUGCAAUAAACUUGUCUAGAAAAUAAAAAUCGGUUUAGUAAAUUUUAAGUGUACUGAAAUAAUGUCGUUGAUGACUUCAAUAAAGGAUUUAUUUGGAGUUCAACAGCGCUUAAUUUCAGCUGAGAAGCUCGUAUGUGACCUAAACAACUUCAACAGUGUUAGGAUCCGGCUCUACCGUGGGGAAAAUGACAUCAGUAUCAAGUGAUGUGUUCACAGAAAUAGCAUAAAUAUGUUGUUUUAACCAAUUUUACGACAUAAUGCAUUACCGAAAAAUGACAUCAAUAACAACUGUUUUGCCUCAUGUACCCGCACAGUAGAUUAAUCCGUUUUUAUAAUAUGAUACUAGCAAAGGAGAGUGACGUCAGUACGAAAUGUUUUGUCCUUACAAAUAUAAUACUUUAUAAGAAGGUCUUAAGUAGAGCUCAUAUAUCUAAAAUACCUCUCAUUUAGUAGCCUAAAGCCGAUCCGUGUCUUGCAGAAAUUCUCCAGCGCUUAGUAGUGAUAACUUAAAGCGAUUUUUCUAUGGGAGAAUUGCGUCAAUAAUAUUUCAUACCUAGUUUAAUGUCUUAAAAACGAUAGUUCAUUUGCAGUAAAUCUCUUGAUUAAACAUUAAAUGCCCAUCGUUUAGUGGCUUAAUGGAAACCUACCCAAGAGGAGGAUGUCAACUAUAUUUAAUAAACUAUCGUUUAGUAGGUUUACUGAUUUUUCUCUUGGACAAAGGCUUCAGUAGAAUUUAACACCUAUCGUUUAGUAGCUUAACGAUUCCUGGGUAAGGUUUCAAUAAUAUUUAAUCAUUUAGUAGCUUAAACAAUAU